CCUAAAAAAAAAUCACUAUUUCUUUUUUGGUUUAGAAACUAAAAAUCCUUCCAAAAUUCCAAUCUUUCUUUAUCUUUUCCAAGAUCCUCAUAAAAUAAACCUUAUAAAAAGGGGAGAACAUUAUAAGAAAAAAUGGCCAAAUGAGAGAGAGAGAGAGAGAGAGAAGGACCAACCAAAACCAAAAGGCAAAACCAAAGCCAAAGCCAAAACUUAAAGGAUGUGUGGCGGUAGAUUAGUAGUAGAAGUAGUAGACAGAGUUGCGUAGAAAACGCUUCCUUCCAAAACCAAAAACACACACACACACACAAACACAAUUAUUAACAGGAUGUUGGAUGUUUGCUGAUGAGUCUGAAUUAGAUUACCAAGGUGCUGCGAAGUAGAUUGAACGAAAUGGGUAUCGCUUGGAUUUGUUUUAAUAGGUCGUAGUGUUGAAGAUCUGUUUGAUAUCCUUUUCGAAAGCUUGCUUGGGUUCUCUUUUUUUCCUUCUGUUCCACAUCAACGGUGCUUGUUCUUUAUUUCUUCGUCGAUUUGGCUAAGGACAUAGUGAUUCUGACAGAUAAAAGGGUGAGGUUGUUUUGAAUUGACUUUGUUAGAUUCUUGAUUGGGAAUGAGUGUUCUUCUUUUUUGAAGUUACUUUAACUCAAGUAUUUGGAUUCAGAGAGCUGGGGAAAGUUGUGUGAAAAAGAGACUCUGCAGUUUGAACUUUGGAUGUUACAAGACAGGAAUUGGAAGAAGGCUGCUGAGUUCAGGGGUUCUCGAUUACAUCUAGGUUUGACUUGUGUGUUGUAGUGCUUGGACGGUGGGGCAGGAAUGGAGCUAGCAACUAGGACUUCUUGUAUGAAAAUUAAGCGAAAGGAGUGGUAGUGUCUCGUAAUAUGGUUGAGAGUUGGGUUGAAACCAAAAGAGAACGGCAAUCAUGUUGUCAGAUGAGUUCAUGAAUUGUAUUGCCUUUGACGACAAUUCCAUUUCAGAUUUUUCCAAGCGAAUAUUUGAUAUGAAGAGUGAUAGGAUGAAGAGUGGGGAUGUAUUUCCUCGCAGAAGCAAGAAAUUCAAGGAUAUUGAACAUUGCAAUACUGAAAAUGGGGAUGUACAAAUUAUUGAUCCACCUUUCGUCAAGGAAACAAAUGUUGUCCAGGAGAAGAGUAAGCAGGAACCAAUGUUGGGAUUGCUUGAUUGGCUUAAAGGUAUUGCAAGAAACCCUUGCGAUCCCUCAAUAUCCUCAUUACCAGAAAAGUCAAAAUGGAAAUCAUAUGGAAAUGAAGAGAUUUGGAAACAGGUUUUGGUGGUUCGAGAGGAAAUGUUCUUGAAAAGACAAGUUGAUUCAAGUAGCGAACAAUCUUUCAUGCAGAAAAACCAGAAGAUGCAUCCUUGUAUGUACGAUGAUGAUACAGCUCCGAUUUACAAUCUUAGGAAGAGAUUAAGCUUGGAUAAAAAGGAUCUUUCUCAAGAACCUGUUUCUAAAGCAAGUGAUUCGUCUCCUACAGAUUCAUUAGAUGAUUACAAGCCCGUUCCUCUGGGGUCAGAUUAUCAAGCUCGAGUCCCGGAAUGGAAUGGUGUGAUAUCCAAGAGUGAUUUAAAGUGGUUGGGAACCCAAGACUGGCCCUUGAAGAAAGGAAGGAACAGAUAUCUAGUUGAAAGGGAUCCCAUUGGAAGAGGAAGGCGAGAUCCUUGUGGGUGCAUGGACCCCAAUUCGGUUGGCUGUGUCCAAUUUCACGUUUCUGAGAAAAGGCACAAAUUGAAGCUUGAGUUGGGCGACGCGUUUCUUCAAUGGAGAUUUGAUAAGAUGGGGGAAGAAGUUACAUUUGCUUGGACGGUGGACGAUGAGAAAAAAUUCGAGGACAUAGUGUCAUCAAACCCUCCGUCCCUUGGGAUAUCUUAUUGGGAAGAUAUCAUUGAGUCAUUUCCUUCUAGGAGCAAGGCAGAUCUUGUUGGCUACUACUAUAAUGUCUUUCUUUUGCGUCGUAGAGGACACCAAAAUCGAGUUACGCCAAAUGAAAUCAAUAGUGAUGAGGAAUCAGAAUCCGGAACUGCAACCAAUGGAUUUGGAAACGAAGUGCAUAAUUCAUCUGGCUCCAUUUUCUACUCUCCUAAGAAGCCACGAUAAGCUUGGGGUAUCGCUUGAAAACAGAUUUUGACAGAGUACCAAUGUUGAUUCUGAUUUUGGAAAUCUGCAUUUUUGAUUAAUCAUUUUUGUCAAGUGGGAUAUGGAAAAUUCUUUUGUGAUGUUACAUGGAAAGCUACAGUUGUAGCCUAUGGCUAAAUGGAGAGCUAAGGGGAUGGAGGCAUCAUGAUUUACCGAGUCAUUGUUACAUUAACGAGCUGAAUUCAGAGGCUCAAGCAAUUUUGGUAUUGGGUUAUGUUGUUCGGUUUGGAUCAAAUUGAAGUGUUGAUGAAUUGUUUUGCUAGAAUUUGUCUCCUAGAAAUGAUAAGGAUCUUGGUCGCAAGGCCCUCAUAAAGAAGGCAAAUAGAUCUAGUUGCGAAGGGGAUGCUAUUCUGUUCAUUCUAAAGUUUCAUCUUUGUAUAUUCGCUGUCGCUGAUGUUGACAUGUGAAAAGACGUACAAGCAUCAUCUCACCCUUUAAAAAUAUUAUAAUCACAGUAUAAACCCUAUGGUGGUUUUGGAUUUUUUUGAAGACAUGUGAUGUUCGGGUCUUAUAGGGUGCUUAAUUAGGGAGCAUUUGAGGUAUAGAAUAUGGUUGAGUUGGUUAUAAAUGAUUUUGGACUUCAA